AUGUCGCAUGCAGCAGCUUCCCCGCCAACCUUAUGGCAGUCUAUCACGGAGACGCGUAUCAACCCUCUGAAUGGCAAAUGCACGACCCUCCCGAUUCUGUCGCUGAAGACGCAGUAUUCGCGGAACUUUCAUUUGUCAUGGCUCGGCUUCUGGUCAGCCUUCCUGUCCUGGUUCGCCUUCUCGCCUCUCAUUCCGGAGGCGGUCAAGUCUGACUUGAACCUCUCCGCCGCGCAAGUUGGCAACUCGAACAUCGUCUCACUGUGUUCGACACUCCUCGUGCGCCUGAUCGUCGGCCCAUUGGUUGACCGGUACGGUCCCCGCAAGGUCAUGGCUGGCAUCCUCGUCCUCGGUGCGAUCCCCUCUGGGCUUGCGGGGACAAUCUCGAGCGCGUCUGGAUUAUACGUCGUCCGCUUCUUUAUCGGCAUCCUCGGCGGAACAUUUGUACCUUGUCAAGCCUGGACAUCUACGUUCUUCGACAAGCGCGUCGUCGGGCGGGCGAACGCCAUCGCGGGAGGCUGGGGAAACAGCGGUGGCGGGUUCACGUUCAUCAUCAUGCUCGCCGUGUACGAUCGGCUCAUCCGCGACGGCCUCGCAAAGCACGUUGCCUGGCGAGCAUCUUUCGCGAUAGUGCCCGUGCCCGUCCUCCUGACCGUCGCAGCGCUCACGCUCAUCUUUGGCACCGACCACCCGAACGGGAAAUGGGAGGACCGCUUCGCGCGCCCGUCGGCCUCCUUCCGCGACGACGUCGAGCACGUUGCUGGCCCGGAAGACACCUCGAGCACCGGCAAUGCUUCCUCGAAUCUUAAGGACGCGCCGAGCAUCCAAGAUGCGGAGAAAGCGGACAAGCGCACGGACGACGAGAAGAAGGGUAGCGCGGACGCGGACGUCAACGUCGCGCCCGUAGACGCUGCGAACCCGGACGCAGUGGGCGUCGUGAUCAGCAGCGUGGACGUCGCGGUGAACCAGCCUGUGACUAUGGCGGUGGUGAAGGAGACGACGCUCAACCCGGCGACGUGGUUGCCGAGUAUGGCGUACUUGACGACGUUUGGCUUCGAGUUGGCCGUGGACGCAAACCUUUCGAACGUCCUGUACAAUAUGUAUCAGAACAAGACGUUCGGGCAGACGAAGGCUGGUUAUAUUGCUGCUAUAUACGGUCUCUUGAACAUCUUCUCGCGUGCGUUUGGUGGGUACUUCGGUGACAUGGUCUACCGCAGAUUCGGCGUCCCAGGCAAGAAGUAUCUCACCUUGGCAUUGGGCGUCAUCCAAGGUAUUCUAUCCAUCGCACUUGGUGUCUACAUCGACAGCAGGUCGGACCCGUCGCUCGCGGCCGUCAUAGUCAUCUUCGUCAUCCUUGCUUUGUUCAACGAGGCCGGUAACGGCGCCAACUUCUCUCUCGUUCCGCAUUGUAAUCCGAAUUCGAACGGCUUCAUGACCGGCAUUGUUGGCGCCUGGGGAAAUCUCGGAGGCGUGUUCUUCGCGCUCAUCUUCCGGAUGCAACCCAAGCCGUACGGGAAGGCAUUCUGGAUCUCUGGUAUCGUUGCAGUUGUUGUCAACCUCCUCCUGCUGCCGAUCCGAGUUCCUCGGACAUAG